AUGUUCCGUUCCAAAAUCGCAGUAGGAACGGGAAUUUCUCGCAAAGCAACACGAAUAGCUUCCAAGAGAACACUUUAUGACUUACCUCUGGUUGUGGAUGGGUUAACGACAUCAUUACAAACUAUUCAUGGUUAUACGGGGCUUCCAUGGUGGGCAUUUAUUCCCAUAACGACGUUUUCAAUACGUGCUGCUAUCACAUUACCAUUGGCUAUUAUUCAGAGGAAAAGAAUUGCUAAGCAGAGUAAACUUAGACCGCUUGUGAGUGCAACUACACCAGUUUUAAAACUUAAUUUAGCUAAAAAAGUGCAAAAGGCUCAAAAGGAAAUAGAAAGAGCGGAUGCAGUUCUGAACCCAUCAGUAAUACUCCUGAAAAGUCCGUUAUCAUCUAUGAAAUAUGAAGAGAUACUAUUGCUCGCAGCAAAGGAAACUCGCAAAAGACAGAAAGCUCUUUUCAAACGUCAUGGUGUUCAAAUCUGGAAAAACUUUACGCUUCCAGCAAUUCAGAUUCCGUUGUGGGUCGGAAUGUCGUUGUCCAUGCGUAAUUUGAGUGGCUGGUCGACGUGGGAUGUGUUGAAAAACCAGGCUCUUGAUCCGUCAUUAUAUACCGAAGGAGCAUUGUGGUUCACUGAUCUCACCUGUUCUGAUCCCAUGCAUGUAUUCCCACUUGUGUUGGGAGUCAUAUCUCUAUGCAAUGUGGAAUGGACAUUCAAAACUAUCCAGCUUCUGAUAAUUAGCCGCAAACGAGCUUUCAGAUCGUCGCUUACUGACGCUAUGGCCAAUGUUUCUCGUAUGGCAGUCGUGUUCAUGAUGGCCAUUUCCUUGCAUGCACCGGUAUCCCUAGUGUUAUACUGGUUUAGCUCUCAGCUAUUUUCAUUGAUUCAAAAUAUCAUUAUGGAUGUGACAAUGCCAAUAAGUUUCACUCCAAACAAACGCUUCAACUACAAAACAUCUAAAGGUCAAGACUCAUUGCCAAUAGUCAAGCCAUUGCUUUAA